AUGCCGCCCCACGCGGCUGUCAGUCACGAUGCUCGAAGGUGGAAGAAAGCUGCGAGAGCGAGGAGGAACAGGUCUCUCAGCAGUUUACCGGCCCGUAUUGGUCAGAUUCUAUCUGGUCAGGUUCCUUCUCAUCAGGUUCCCUCAGACGCUGAAGCGAGGCAGGACGGCGAAGCAGUCAACGAGCAAGAGGCCGAAAGCUCGUCGGCCCCGGCUGCUUUCGACAAAUCGCCAGCCCCUUACGAGCAAAUUCCCUCAAGUGCAAAGGCCGAAAGCUCAUCGGCCCCGGCUGCUUUCGACAACUCGCCAGCCCCUUACGAUCAAAUUCCCUCAAGCGCUGCUGCACUGAUGCACCUGCAACAGUUUUAUGAGUCGAGCGAGGAAGAGGACGAAGGCUCAUCGACCUCGGUUAUUGUGCUGAGCGAGGAAGAGACCGAAAGCUCGUCGACCUCGAGUUUUGCGCUGAGCGAGGAAGAGGCCGAAAUCUCGUCGACCUCGGCUGAGGACUACCCCACAAUGUCCGGUAAGUCGCGUUCCAAGAAGCGCAAGGGCAAAUUGAUGCGCAGGGAGGGCAAGCGCAAGCGCUCGUCGGGAUCUAGAGGACAGGGAAGGCGCUUCCCGCAUCCUAAGAAAAUCAAGCUGCGGGACGUUCUCAAGCGCCGCAACUGGCCGAAGGUGGCCUGCAAAGCUUGUCUCGCGAAGGGCGUGCCGUGUGUUCCUCCGCCUGCCAAUAGUCAUGGUGAGAAGUGUGCACCAUGCACUGCAGACGGGAUCCGCUGCAGCCACCGCUGGGUGCUUCAGAUGACGGGCGAAAUCCUUGCCGACUUGGAGGACUACCCCGACAUCGACGAGGAAAGCGCCGAAUUCCUCGCGGCGGAGCGAAAGGCGCUUUCCAAGCUCCCCGGGGCCCGCGACGAAGGCCUCAAUGAAGCUCGCGAGGAGGCUCGCAACAACAGCCUCAACAAGACUCGCGACGAAGCCUACGACAAAAUCCUCAACGAAGCUUGCAAGAAAGCCCGCAACGAAGCCUUCGACGAAGCCCUCAAGAUCCAAGACUCCCUCGCCGAAGUUCUGAACGAAUCCGGAAAGCUCAACAAGAAACUCGACGAGGCCCUCAAACACAACGAAGCCCUCAACGAGACCUUCAAAGAAAUCAGCACCCUCAACAAGAGACUCACUGAGGCCCUCAAGGAAAUCGGCCGCGCAGCCGACGAGAUCCGCAAGUAA